AUGCCUGCCUCACUCGGAAAACGAAAGCGCUCAUCCGCGACUAAUCCUACCAGCUCGAAACUUUCAAAAGUGCCUAAAACUACCCCAAUUAUACCAGAACCAGCAUCUGAACCCCAAUCGGAAGAAGAAGCUUCAGAUAGCUCUUCAGAAGGCGACGCAGAGGAGGAGGAAAAUGAUACUGAGGUUCUCGACCCCCAAGAAAUAUUCCGUCGUCAUUUCGAAUCACAGUUCAAACCGCUUCCUCCUACAACCAAAAAGCCUAAAAUCACUCCAAUAAUCGAGAAUCCCGACAAUGAAGACGAAGAUUGGGAUGGCUUAUCAGACAAUUCCGCCGAAGACGACGAGCAGGAAGAAAACGGCGUACAGGUAGUCGAACAUGUAAAGAAAAUCGAUUCCCGGAUCGCGGGGAUGAGUAAAGGGGAAUUGAGGGCUUUCAUGUCCUCCAAAAUCCCCAAAUCACGCCCUACACCCUCCCUUUCCAAACUUGCCGAACUACCAGCCGGCUCCGCAGACGACCCAGGCGCAACCGAAGCACUCAAUCUCAAAAACGAUCUCGCGCUCCAACGACUCCUCGAUGAAUCGCACCUCUUGACAUCGUCCUCCUCUUCCUCGGCGGCAAACUCCCAUGCCGUCCAUACUUUACAAGGAAAGAAUCGAUUGAAAGCCCUGGAUAUGCGUGUCCAAGCAUUGGGCGGGAAAACUAGUAUACAUACACAAGAAAGUAUGCCGAUGAAUAUGCGAAAGGGGAUAAUCAGGAAAGCGGAGGAGAAGGAGGAGAAGCGAAGGAGAGAGGCAAAAGAGAAUGGGAUUGUGCUUGAGACGAAAGGAAGAGGAGGAGGAAUUAGCGGGGGAAGGGAAAGAAGGAAGGAGAGGAGUGGGACAGGAGGGACUUUUGAUUCUGGUCCUGGGGUUGGGAGGAUGAGGGGUGCGACGUUGAGUUUAAGUGAAAGGGAUGUGGUGGGAAUUGAGGGGAGUAAAAGGGGUGGAGGUAGGAUGGGUAGGAAUGGGAAGAGGGGGGGGAGGGGGAGAGGGAGGGGGAAUAGGAGUUAG